CUUGCCUCUAUCCUAUCUUUUUUUUUUUGCUUCUAACUCUAUUACGGGUUUGAAAAAAAGAAAAACAAAACCACUUAUCAAUUGUAAGAUUUCAUUUUCGACACCAUAGUAAAAGUAAUCAUAAUCGCAAUCUUAGCUUGACGUCGCGAGAUCUAGGAUUUUUGUGAGAGAUUUUUCGCACCACGAUUUUGGGAAGCGAUUUCGAUAUCGAUUAUCCUUGAAGUAGACAUUAAAAAGUGUAAAAUCAAAAUUAAGUAUUCCUACCCACGCGCGGCGGUUUUUUGCAUAUUUAUAAUCUGCGGCGUGAUUUUUAAAAUGACGAGUCGGAAGAUGACGGGAAAGAGCUUCGAGAGGACGAGGAGCGUGGGCGCAGCUCCAACAACCGCCCUUCGAGGUCGCGGCUCCUCCUCCAUUUUCGCAGGGACACUAUUACCGGUAGUUUUCCUGUUCGGAGGACUUUCUGAACUUCAAGAACACUUCGUUCCGACGGUUCUCGCCGCUACCGAUACAGGAGCUCCACCGCAGCAGCAUGAUAUGGAUAUUGUCGAUAUGCCUAUCGGCAAUAAACCAUCCAGGCGCACGUUGCUUCAAAACGGACUCAGAGCCUGCUGCGAGAACUGCUGCGAUAACCUCGCCGAGGAUAUCAUAUCCGUGGCUUCACAUUCGAAACACGUCGCGUGUCGCACUGUACAGGCGGGCUUAUGGAUCUGUCAGGUUCGAAAUCUUCGACAGAGUAAGUUGAAAUGAUUUGCCAUGCAUAAAAUGGAUGCCAGUUGAUGAAGCCCAGAUCCAGAUUUCAAGUGGCGCAUGACAAAUUUAGGUAGAGCCUAAAUCCAGUUUGUCAUGCUGUUUGGGUAAAGACGACGCCUUUGGUCAUGCUACUUCAGCAGCUCUAUUUCUACCCCUCAGCAGGCCUAUAAUCUGGCGCCUCCCGCCUUGCGUGUGCGUCCUCCGCAAUAGAGACAAAUUCAAAUUUUUCAACGUUGCAUUAUAUGCAUGACAAACUGUUUCACUGUUUCACUUUCAACUUUGCCGAUUUCGAUCCUGACACAUCCAUAGAUGGUGAAGGUCCUUUGCAUUCCUGGUUUGGACAGCCACGAGCGGGAGAUGCGGAGAAAAUCAAAAGUCCUCUGCGGGGUCAACACGGUGUCGAAUUGCGCCGCUGGACACACCUUGCAGAGUGCGUGCUACAACUUCGUUUUACCCGCCGCAGACCCGACGUGCUGUGCGAACAAUUUCGGGCCCGCAGGUCUGCCUUGUGCGCAGUUUUGCUGCAACCCACAUCUGGGCGUGACGCUCUGCCAGAUGGGAACAAGUUCAUCCGCCGUGGCCCCGACCGUCCCGGCAGUUUGUUGCGGCGCAGACAAGCUCCUCUGCUGCGCUUGCUGUGCACCGUGCCAGAUCGCGACGACGCAAGCAGCCGGUAUUUGUUGCUGCUUUUCUCUGGGAGUAGCGGCCGCACAAGGGCACCGGGUUGCGUUAGGGAAAAGUAUUGCAGAAAGGAUUGCAAAUAGCGACCAGCUGAUUAAUAAUUUGCAGAUGGACGAUAAACCCAUAGGUGGUCUGGCGCAGGAGACGACUAACGCCCGCGAAGGUACAGGUAGUGCAACUGGUAGUGGGGCACCACGUGGGAUCGUGGGCAACCUCUUCCACCGCGGCCGUCGGGAUAUUAGCGGGGAAAGUUUUAUGAGAGCGCACAAUUCAUCUCCCUUGUUCCACUCAUUUGUCACGCAAAAUACCUACCAAAUCCAAGCGCUGGCACUGCUUUGCCUUUGUCGUACUGUUUGCAUGACAGAUUCCGGAAGCCCAAGCAGUACUACAUUGCUUUUGCUUACGCG